AUGAAUUCGUUUCUCACACACAACACACUGCCGUACCAUCAACCGACACAGAUGCAUCAGAUGAUGAUGCCGGAGCCCAAGUAUUCACCGCCAGACGACUACGGCAACAUGCAGAACUACAUGGGUUCCCCAGACUUUUUCGGCAGCCCUCACCAGCACCACCACCAUCACCAACACCAUCACCCUCACCACGGCGGCAAUCACCACAGCCAGCAGCAAAGCCAACACGGUGACGGUGGUGCUGGUGGUGGCGGCGGCGGUGGUGGCGUCGGCGUCGGCGUCGGUGGCCACCAACAAGCGACCAACGGCGUCGUCGGUGUGCAGGGCGCCGGUAGCGCGGUCCUCGGCGGAGGAGGCGGUGGCCACUACCAGGGGCACUAUCAGCAACAAAUCCAGGCCAUGUACCCGAGCCCCGGACAGACGCCGUCGUACUACACGAGCGCGGCCCCCAACUACGGCGCGUACCAGAUGCAGCACAACGGACACAUACCACUCGAGGCGCAACAGCCGCCGGCCGCCCUCAUGCACAACGCGGCCGCGCAACAGUGCCAGGGAGGCAGCAUACCUGCCGGGGCCGGUGGCGUGGGUGGCUUGGCCGCAGCCAUCAACGCGGUCAUGCCGCACGACAUCAAGGACGACUCUUCACCGUCGCCGCUGCCGUGCCACCUGCAGCCCAGCCCGUCCUCGUCCCACCACAUGUCGAACAACCCGCUGGACGGGUCAUGCUCCGACGACAUGGAUGACAACACCGACACGGACGAGAUGAUGAUGACCACGGUCAACGGGUCGCCAAUCAUGAUGGACGACAGCGAAUCUUCAGACCGGGUCAUCUAUCCGUGGAUGAAGAAGAACCACGUGGCUGGAAUGCCGAACGGCGCGUAUCAGCCGGUGGACGUGAAGAGACAACGGACCGCGUACACCAGGUACCAGGUGUUGGAACUGGAAAAAGAAUUUCACUUCAACAAGUACCUGACCCGUAGACGGAGAAUCGAAAUCGCUCAUUCGUUGGUGCUGUCGGAGCGGCAGAUCAAGAUAUGGUUCCAAAACCGUCGGAUGAAGUACAAGAAGGACAACCACUUGCCCAACACGAAGAACGUGCGCAGGAAAAAUGGGAGCUCGCAACCGGCGGGGAAAAAAUCCCGAGCUAAGAACAAUAACAACAACAACAACAGCAACAGCAACAACAACAACAACCAUCAACAGCCGCAGUGUUCGCCGACCGGGUUGAAAAUCGAUACGCACGACAUGUCGCCGCAACAACAACCCGAAUUGAGGUUACAAAACGAUACCGGGUCGUCGUCGCUGAUGGCCACCAUUCCGUCGUCGUCGACGUCUUCUUCCUCUUCGUCGUCUAUCGUCGCCGCCACUACCGCCGCUGGACACAACAAUCCGACAUCCACCAUGCAGCAGCAGCAGCAGCAGCAGCAGCAGCAGCAGACGCACCACCAACAACACCAACAGCAAAUGCAACUCAUGUUGAACCACCAGUCGUCUCACCUGUCGCAACACUUACAACAGCAACAGGGUCUGUCCAUAGUGGGCCCCGGUGAGUACGACCUCACCCAGCUGUAACGGCACGUUUGACCGCACGCGCGCCCGUUUUCCAAGGUAUAAGUUACUUUAUAUAAAAUGAAAAUAAACACGAUAAAAAAAAUUAAAGAAAAUUAAAAAAAAAAAAAAACCACAAUGCAACAACGAUCAAUAUUACCGCUGCACGAUAAGUGUGCGCAUUG